UCACUAACGAUUUACCCACUUUAUAUUUUAAGAGGGAUGAAAAAGUAAUUAAAGAAGAUUGGGUAAACAUUAUAUUAAAUAUAAAUGGAUAUAGAACCUUCUUAGGAAUAGAAAGAAAAUAUAAAACCAAUCGCGAAAAUCGGUGGUCUAAGAUGGUUCUAGAUAAUAUGGAAAUGAUCAAACCCAAAUCAGAACAAAAAUAUUUGACCGAAUUUAUUAAACAACUUAAACAAAUCUCGCAAAAUCCUGAACAAUUCGAAAUUUGUGACAUUAAGUUGGACAGCAUCAAUGAUCAAUAUUAUCUGAUUGUAGAUAAUAAUGAUCCUUAUCCUCCAGAACCUCUUAAUUUGCAUGUUACUGAAUGGAUUAAAACUCAUAUUAAUGAUACAGAGUAUGCUCAACUUGAAGACGAGUUAUGGAUUGUUGAAUUUAUAAAAACCUUCAAAAAUAUCCAAAAGAAAUUCGUAGGUUUUAAGAUCGAAGACAUGUCAGAAAAAUCCUGGCAUAUAGAAGUUUUGUAUCCGCUGUUCAGAGUUUUAGUUUCGGGAUUAAAUAGAGAUAAAGGAUCUUCAAUUUCAUCGCCACCAUGCUCAAAUAAUACUCCUAUUUCGUCAUCACCAUGUUCAAAUAGUACUUCUAUUUUAUCAUCACCAUGUACAAGCCCUAAAUCUUCUUCACCAUGUUUGAAUCGUGAAUUUGAAGAAUUAGUAUUUGUCAACCUUAAUGCUGACCAUUUUUCUAAAGCUAACAAUACAAAUGGAAUACGUCCUGAUGGCCAAUUAAUAUGUGAAAGUAUAUUUCCUAGAUUUAAGAUGGAAGUAGGAUCACUUGAAUCGAGUAAACCAAUAAAUUCAUCAUUCAAUAAGAAACAGAGUGAUAAGGCAAAGCUUAUAUUAGCAAUGUUGAUGUCUGGAGCUCACGUUCGUAACAAUUUUGAUUCUUCAUACAUGACCCAAUCUAUUCAAAAAUUGCUUGAAGAAAUCGGAUACGUGACUCUACAAGUUCACAAUGAGAAUUUAAUCGUGCAUAUAUAUGACUUCACUUAUAGCCCAAUUAAAGUAAGACAAAUUUUAAUUGAUGUCUUAAUUCCGGUUCGUCCUACAGUUAGAAUUGGAUUAGCAAUUCUUUGGAAUGCUGAAUCAUUAAUCAGAUUUGUGGCCGAAAUUAAAAAAUUAUGA